CAACACUAUUCGGCUGAAAUCAUUUCAAAACAAAAAGGUUUUCUUUUGAUUGAUAUUUCAAUUUUGAAAUAUUAAUAAUAUUAUUUUUUAAUAAUAAGCAUCAUGACUUCCAAGACUGAAAAUGAAAUGCAUGUAUCUUUUGAAGAUCAACAAAAAAUAAACAAAUUUGCUCGUCACAAUGCAAGAUUAGAUGAUAUAAUUGAAGAACUUAAAUCUAAGGAAAAUGAAUUACAAGCUUUAGAGGAUGCAGAAGCAGACCUUAUGCUUUCAAUGGACAAAGAUAAAGUUCCAUAUAGAAUAGGUGAUGUAUUUGCUUUUAUAUCAAUUGAUGAAGCCCAACAGAUGCUUGAUGAAAAGAAAGAAAAUGUUAAUCUUGAAGCAAAAGCUUUACGUGAUCAACAAGAAUCUAUUAAACAGAUGAUGUCUGAUCUUAAAGUUCAGUUAUAUGCAAAAUUUGGCAACAACAUCAAUUUGGAACCAGAAUAAGUUCAUUUUUAGAGAUUUAUCUCACUUGUGUUACAGCAGAACAAAGAAGAAUAUUUAUGUUUGAAGAGCUUUUUUAUAUUUACAUGCUUUGAGUGUCCACAAUCUGUUAUAUUUAUACUAAAAACGUGCAUGUUAUUCUUUUGUUCUGAUGCUGUUAAUUUGUGUGAAGAGUUAAAUAAAAAAAAUAACCAAACAUAA